UCUCUCUCUCUCUCUCCCCCUCUCUGUUCCUCUCCCCUGUCAAAUUCUUCUCCUUUCCAUUUCUUCGCGUCUCCGCCACGUACACGCACACAAGCUCUCCAGGACGGACCCCCUAGCUUUCCGCUCUUUUCGACACCCAGGCGGGACCUGAGCUCCGUAUCGCACUCUCCUAGCCCCCCUUCCCCCCCCGGCACAAAAGCGCAAGGAUGGACUUCCAAAACCGUGUCGGCUCCCGCACUGGCGGCGGAGGCAUGGCCUCCGAGUCUGAGUCCAACCUGCAGAGGCGCCUCCGUCUGCAGAAGCUUGCCUCGGAGUUUGUUGAGCUCAAGAAGGAUCCCUACUUCAUGAAGAACCAUCUUGGCUCGUACGAGUGCCGCCUGUGCCUGACCCUGCACACCAGCGAGGGCAGCUACCUGGCACACACCCAGGGCAAGAAGCAUCAGACCAACCUGGCCCGGCGUAAGGCCCGCGACACCAAGUACAAUGAUGAGCAUGUCCCCUUGCCGAACGCCACAACUGAGCGCCCUCGCCGGUCGACUGUUUACCGCAUCGGGCGCCCCGGCUUCCAGGUGACCAAGGUCCGCGACUACAGUCGCAACCAGCUGGGGCUCCUGUUCGAGAUCGACUACCCAAACAUCACCGAGAACGAGGUCCCGCGGCACCGGUUCAUGUCUACCUACGAGCAGCAGGUGGAGCCUCAGGACAAGAACUACCAGUUCCUGGUCUUUGCGGCCGAGCCAUACACCAACAUCGCCUUCAAGCUGCCUGCGCGCGAGGUUGACCGCCAGAGUGAGCGGUACUUCACCAACUUCAACCCCGAGACCAAGCGCUAUACCAUGCAGUUUAUGUACCGGAAUGCCCUGCAACCACAUGGGGCUGGGCAUUUGGGCCCGUUCGUCGGCGGGCCUUCUGUGCCGAUGCCGAUCCCGCGACCGGACGCGGGGAGCCUCGGCGAGGGGGCCAGCUCGGUCCCCGCUGGCGGCGACGAUGCCCCAGCUCGCCCGGCCACCGGUGGCUCUUCCAAUGAGGGAGACACCGAGGCCAAGCCCGCCCCCGCGGCAUCUGCCCCUGGUCCUGGGGCUGGGGACGCUCCGCCGCCGAUUCGCAUGCCUCCGCCCCCGGGUGGUAUGGUGCAUGGUGGUGGCCACCACAUGCCCGGGAUGCCGGGCUUCCCGCCUCCUCACCCGGGCAUGCCGGGCUUCCCGCCCCCCCAUCAUCCGGGCAUGGCGGCGGCGCCGCCACACCCUGGCAUGGCGCCCUUCCACCCUCAGGGGCCACCGCCGCACGGCAACAUGGCCCCCUACUACCGGCCAGGGCCUCCCUAUGGUGGCAUGCCCCCUCCGCCGCCGCCGCACAACUGAGAGACCAACCAAGCAGGGAGGCGGCUGGACAAUCGCGCCCUUUCUUCCCCUCCCCUCGCGCCUACAUCCCCUCCCCGGUCCCUGUCUUUUGUUCUCCUCAGCUUGGUGGAGAUGCCCUAAUGAACGCAAGCAAGACACUCUGCUCUGUUUUCUCCUCUCUCUCUCUCUCUCCC